AUGGUCAAAGACUGGAUUAACAUCCAUAAACCUCUUUUUGAAGCGUUUUUGGAAACGCAUAUCCAUAGUAGUAAUGCAGCCAGAAUAAAUGAUGCUAUACUGGUAGUUUGGAAGUCUUUUGGGAACUACGGGCAUCACAGUUCUGGUCAGAUAAUUGUUGUUUGGGACCCUUCGGUCUCUGUAUUUAUCUACAAGGCUACAGAGCAAGCUGUUACAUAUGGAGUUCACAUUUUGUCGGAGAACAUAAAUCUUACUGUCACGUUUGUGUACGGGUUCAACGUUGUUGGAGAGAGGCAGGCGUUGUGGAAUGAACUAGUUGAGAUAAGUGAUACCCCAGCGUUGCAGAAUUCUACUUGGACCGUCCUUGGAGACUUUAAUAAGAUUUUACGCUUGGCUCACCAUUCGGGUUAUCCGUCUCAUGUGGUUGAUUCAAGUGGUAUGCAGGAGGCUAAUGAGGCUUUGCAAGAUGCGGGAUUGUUUGAGGCUCAAGCAAAAGGAACACCUUUCACGUGGUCGAAUAAUAAUGACCAGGACCCAAUCUCCAAGAGAAUUGAUCACACUCUCGUAAACCAAAUUUGGGCAGAUCAUUUUCGUGAUUCAUAUGCAGAUUUACUCGAGCCGGGGCAAUCUGAUCAUUCGCCGUGCAUAGUCAAGGUUCCAUCAUUGAGGCGACAAAGCAGGAAGCCUUUUAAGUUCUAUCACCAUAUCAUCGAUCACCCUGACUACAACUCUGCUGUUACUGCUGCCUGGAACCCGGGAUCAAUCACAGGCUCUGCCCAAUUCAAACUGGUCAGGACGAUGAAAAUGCUUAAAAAAGAUCUAAGAGGAAUCAACAAGCGGCACUUCAGUGGUAUUAGUGAAAGGGUGAAGGGGCAAUCUGCUAAGGGUAUCUUAGGGGAAACUGAUAUGCCAUUGUCUCCUUCCAGUGUAGAGUCCUUGAAAGAUUUGCUUCUCUUCAGAUGUUCGGAGUUGUCGAGAGCGUAUCUGAAAAGGGAGGUUCUUUCAGCAGAGAUCAAGGGAACAAUAUUUGCAAUGCCUCUGAGCAAGAGCCCUGGUCCGGAUGUGUACUCAGUAGAGUUUCUGAGGGCGUCAUGGGACACUGUUGGGGAGGACAUAAUAGUUGCAGUCGCUGAGUUCUUUCGGAAUGGGCGCUUAUUAAAAGACCUGAACACAACAACCAUCGUACUCAUUCCAAAAACUAGCGCUGCGUGUAGGCUUGGGGAUUUUAGGCUGAUUAGCUGUUGUAAUCUGGUUUAUAAAGUCAUCACAAAGAUUAUAGUGAACCGCCUAAAGUCGAUUCUUCAGUCGAGCAUUAGUAGAAAUCAGGCUGCUUUCCUAAAGGGUCAAAGUUUAGGAGAGAAUGGUCUCCUCGCGUCUGACCUGAUAAGGAACUAUAGAUCUUCCUCAUGCCCAAGAAGAUGUAUGCUUAAGGUGGACAUAAAAAAGGCGUUCGAUACCAUUUCUUGGGACUUUAUAAUUAAACUGCUUGAUGCACAGGAUUUACCACCUUUGUUUGUCACUUGGAUUCGGGAAUGCAUUACUUCCCCUCGCUUUUCAGUGGCCAUCAAUGGAGAGUUAGCUGGAUUCUUCCUGGGCAUGAAGAGGCCUCGUCAGGGCGAUUUUAUCUCACCUUAUUUGUUCAUUAUGGCGAUGGAAGCGCUAUCUAAAUUACUAGAUCAGGCUGUGGAGGCAGGCGGCCUUAGAUUACAUCCAAGCUGUCAAGAGCCAAGAGUUACUCAUCUCUUAUUUGCAGACGAUCUGUUGGUGUUUUUAGAUGGCUCUAGGCAUUCCAUUACUAGCAUUAAAAAGGUCUUGACAACAUUUAAAGAGUGGACGGGUCUGGAUAUGAAUGUAGCAAAAUCAGAGAUCUUCUUUGGGGGUUUUUCUGAGAUUGAAGCAUCAGUUAUUGCUGAUAUAUCUAGAUUUCGAAUUGGAAGUUUUCCUACUAGGUACUUGGGUCUGUCUCUUAACCCGAGUAGGAUAAGCUACGCUACCCUGCAGCCUUUUCUGGAGAGGAUUAAUUGUUGGACGGUUAAGACCCUUUCAUUUGCAGGAAAAGUCACCCUUGUAGCCUCUGUCAUACAUGGCAUGGUCAACUUCUGGAGCUCGGUCUUUGCUCUGCCAAAGAGAUUUUAUGAAAAAAUUGACUCAUUGUGCUCACCUUUCUCUGGAAAAAUAGCACUACAUCUGCUGUUGGGGCAAGAGUUAGUUGGGGUCCUUAUGGGUGGCCUGGCUGCAUUCAAAUGUCUUCAGAAGGAAGUGUUACUGACCACAACUGAUUAUCAGCGCUUUUUUCCUACUGCAUUUGGACAGACUGGUCCCCGUUCUCUUCGGUUGGGACUUGAAUCUCAUGUUUGUCAAGCAGCUCGGAAUGGUGAUUGGACCCUGCCUCAUGCUCGUUCUGAUGUGGCUGAAACGCUACAGAUUGUUCUCACUACCAUGUCUCUACCUACGCCUGACCGCGGUUCUGAUAGGUUCUUAUGGCGUAAUGGUGCUGGUAAUUUUGUUCCUAAAUUCUCCUCAAAGGCAACAUGGCACUCGGUAAGGGAGUCAGUUGAUAUUGUUCCUUGGCACAAACUGGUCUGGUUCAAAGAGGGUGUCCCUAGAUGCUCCUUUGUUACAAGGAUGGCUGCUCUCUCGAGACUCCCAACUAGAGAUAGAUUGGCCUCCUGGGGCAUGGUUAUUCCAUUGCAGUGUGUCCUGUGUAGCUUUGGAUUAAAGUCUCAUCAACAUCUACACUUCCAAUGCCCCCUUGUUUCUAAGUUUAUCCUUUGA